AGGCUCGCAGGCGCGCAUCCCGCCAGACCGGGCCGUCGCCCCCGCGGACGUCUCGGAGGCGGAAGCGACGCCGGAGGCAGGGACAUGGCCUCCUCAGGAGUCUACAAACUGGAUGAUGGGAAGCCUUAUCUGAGCAACUGCUUUCCGGCCAAAAGUCUGCUUCGGAUGCCAGAGGAAGGCCGAGGACACUGGUUAGUGACUCGGAAAUGUAGCCUCAAGAAGAAGCCCAGGGGUGUGGUCGAAGCACGAGCUGAAGGUCAGGAAAGCCAGAAGGUUUCUUUUGAGAUUGGAGGAAAGAAAGGGUCUCGACAAGAAAACCAAAUGGACACUCCGGGACACGUGCUGGACCAGGCUUUUCUGCUGAAGCACCACUGUGUGAAGAAUCCGUCAGACCUAUGCAACAUUAACGUGAGCGGCCUGAAGUUCUCCAAGGCUAAGGAAAAGGACUUCAAGCAUUUUAAUUCUGUGAUUUACAUCAAUGCCUCAGAAAACCUACUGCCUCUAGAGGCAUUUCACACAUUUCCAGUCUUAAAGGAACUGGAGCUCGCAUUUAAUGGCAUCAAAACAGUCUACGUGAAGUAUGGAGACUUUAAGUCCUUGGAAUUCCUGGACCUUUCCUUCAACAGCCUGACUGCAGAGGCCAUCUGUGAUCUGGGGAUUCUGCCACACCUCCGCGUCCUGCUCCUCACAGGCAAUGGACUCACCUCCCUGCCACCCAAUUUGGCUGUCGCAGAGCAGGAGGCAUAUGUAACAUCGCCGACCAGCAAGAGGUACAUCCUGAGGUUCCCGGCGCUAGAGACACUGAUGCUGGAUGACAACAAACUCUCCAACCCCAGUUGCUUUGCCAGCCUGGCCGGGCUCAGGAGACUGAAGAAGUUAAGCCUGGACCAAAACAAGAUUUUCCGGAUCCCGUACCUACAGCAGGUUCAGCUCCGAGAUGGGUCUGGAGAAUGGGUUGGAGGCAGGGGGAGUCCCAGGAAAGAGCCCCAAUCCAUGCUGCAGCCCAAGUCGUGGAUAUUUGAGGCCUUGGAUGACCAACCGGAUUAUACUGUACUGCCCAUGAAAAAGGAUGUUGACCAGACAGAGGUUGUGUUUUCAUCUUAUCCUGGAUUUUCAGCCUCAGAGACAACCAAGGUAUGUGCACUUCCUCCCAUAUUCGAGAUUCUUCCCGUGAAGUCACUGAAGGCGAGGAACCAGACGCUGGCCCUGCCCUUCCCAGAGCUGAGGUACCUUAGCCUGGCCUACAACAAGAUUGCAAAGGAAGAUGCCAUUCUGCCGGUAGCUCUCUUCCCAUCUCUCUGCGAGCUCAUCUUUCAUAACAACCCUCUAGUGGCCCAUACACGAGGGGUCCCUCCACUGCUAAAAAGCUUCCUCCAGGAGCGGCUGGGAAUCCACUUAAUUCGAAGGAAGAUGGUAAAGGCUAAGCAUCACAUUUUGAUGCCUCGGAAGGACUCUCGGAAGGUGAAAACCCAAGUCCCAAAGGUGCCAAAGCAGCCUCUGAUUCUCCAUCACCCACCCAUGACCACAAUCAAGUCUUCCUCAAAGGAGAUGCUGGAAACAGAGGCAGAGUUGACUAAAGAGCUGCCCGCCACCAAGACCAUUGCUGUGGAGCGAGAGAUGCCCAUCGAGGGCCCUGAGGGCCUUCCCCUCUCCCAGCAGGCCUUCGUGCCCCUGCCUCCCAUCUGCUCUGACUCCACUGUGCGUGGUGAGGACACACCCCGCCGGAGCGACGCUGCUGGCCGCCUCAGCCCAGGCCACCCGUCAGAUGAGGACACCCAGAGCACAGAGUCCAUCUUCUUGACCCAGGUCAGUGGGCUAUCUUCCUCCACCUUCCAGAGGGAUGAUACAGAGAUAAAGGAGAAAGACCAAAGACCACCACCCGCAGCACCCAGAGAGGUGAAGAGGACUCAGAAGAAGCUCCCAUCUGGCUCCUUCUCCAGGAAGUACCAUGGCUCUGUGGAGCUGCUGACAGCCAAGCCUGAUCCAGCCUUCAAUGAGCCGAAAGGAAUCCAGAAGAAUACACAGGCCUUGCAGCACAUGUUGAAACAUCCGCUCGUGUACUGCUCCUGCAAGCCCAGGCUGGACACUCUUCAGAAACACUAUGUUCCCAAGGAGAAACGGACCCAGAGGAUCCCUAUUCCACCCCCCCGGAAGACUCGAGCCCAGCUGCUGGAUGACAUCCUCAUUUGCAUGCGGGACCCCCGGAACAUUACUGAGGCACCACUAGGAGCUGUCCUGUGCCAGCAGACAGAGCAGCGGCUGGUGAACCAGAAGCAGUACCUGGAGGCCAAAAGGCUGCUGAAGGAGUUUCGUGCACAGUACCGGCGGCUGGUGCGCUGCUCACUGCGGUCAGUGUUCGGGGCCACAGCACCACCCCACGUCCCGCCGGCAUUGAGCGAGGGCCAGCCUAAGAAGUUCAGCCGCUUCCUCGAGUUAGGCCGCUUCCUCGAGUUCAUGGAUGAGUUCUGCCAGGAGCCCACGGCCAGUGACUCGAAAGGCUAGGGCUGCGCACGGGGCCAUGUGCGCCACCCAUCCUGCGCCCCACACCCUCCACAAGGGCUCCAUGCCCUUGACCGCUCCUUGGGAUGGGUGUGGGCCUCCGAGCUCUGCUCAGCUUCACUCGCCGGCCGCUGUGAGUGGGGAGCUCGUCAGGACCUCCCCGCCCUGGGCCGGGCAGGAACCGGCACCUGGCCCGACAGCAAUAAAGAGUGGGUGCAUAGAGCAAGGUAGACCUCAUGCCUUUUUGGAGCCUAGGCCAGGUUGUCGCACUGGGGAAAGAAACCUCAGCUGAUGCGCAUCCCUAGAGUCCUGUGGGAAAACUGCCU